AUGCCGGAUGUUUCUCCAAUAGAAGGAAAGGCGGUUCUUCAGGAGCGAAGAGGCGGAGGUAGCGCCGUUGAUGGCAGCAGAGAGGUCAUUGCUAUUACAGACAGUGAAGAUGACAGUGACGAAGUGAUUUCAGUGAGUGGAAGUGCUGAGGAGGAAGAAGAGUCCAGGGAUCACAAACCUCCGAUGGCGCAAAGUGACUCUGAUGAAGAGGAGAGCACAGACUUUGAGUCUGAUGAGAGUGUAGGUGGCCAUGGAAGGUGUGGAAGGGAAGAGUUCUUGUCUAAUGCAUGUUCUGAGGAUGACUCAAUACGCUCUGGUGAGGAGAAAGUUUUUGGCGAACGGAAUAGGACUCCAUCAGUGACUGAAGAUGGUUCUAAGGCCAAUAUUAGCUUAGAUUAUUUGUCCUCUUCGUCCGAGAGCUCAACCGAGGCUGAUGACAUCGGCGAUGAGUAUUUGGUUGCAAAAGGGUCAGAAAGCUUGAGCACAGAUGGAGAUACUUCUUCGAGCUCAGAAGAGGAUGUGUCUGGGAGUGAGCUUGAGAAAAUUACGGAGAUAAGGAAGAAGAUAAAACGUAAGGACAUAGGUGAGUUGAGUCCUUUAUGCAGCGCAAGGACAACUACUAAGGAGCUUGAUAUUGAGUGCUCGGAUGAUCUGGUGAUUAACAAUGCGAGAAAGAAAGAGGAUGAGGAAUGUAGAGUUUCGUUGGUCAAUGAAUGGUUGCAGCAUGAUGUGGAGAAGCAAAAGGAGGAAGAAGCGAUUAAUGUUGAGCAUGACAUUGAGUGCAUGGAUGAUCUGGUGAUUGAUGAAGCGGGAAGGAAAGAGAAUGUGGAAAGUAGAGUUUCGUGGGUCAAGGAACGGUUGCAAGGUGAUGUAGAGGAGGUCAAAGAGGAAGAAGCGAUUAAUGUUGAACGAUCAAAUGCAAAAAUCGAUUGUCCUUCCAUUGAUGGGGCAACUGGAGGAAAGAGGAAGUUUUAG